AUGAAGCUUUGCAAGUUUGAUACCAAACCACCUCAGCGCCCAUCUCUGACAGGUGGGAGAGACAUGGUGCCCAUAGUCAUCUGUAUUGUCCUGGGGGCCCUUCUCUGCCUGGUCCUGAUCAUGCUGGGGGGACAGGUGCGAAGCACCAGGGCACUGCGCAGAGCGUCUGGAAGAUACUCAGGCCCCUUAACUGAUGCUGUGUAUGAGGAGAUUGAUUAUAACCUGAUGAGGGAGAAGCUCGAGAUGUUCAGUCGCUCAGAGGAAACUUCCCCUGGGGAUUUCCAGCAGGAUUAUGACAGCGUGGAGGAGCCUGAAUGGAGUGACAUCCCUGUGCCUCCAGGCGGUAAAGAGGCCCUUCCCCUGGCUAGAGAUGUCACUGAAGAUGGUUAUGAUGAAGCUGGAGAAGUUCCUGACCUGGCACAUUUUCCUGUUUCUGGACUCACUGGUGUCUCAGCAGAAAGGGUGGAGAACUUGCAGACUUACAGGGACUCUCAGACAGAACAAUUUGAAAUGAAAGGCGUCACUCAGAAGAAGAAUGACCCUUUCUACCUACCUCAAGUAACUGCCACAGUGACAGCGGAGAUGCACUCAGGUGGUGUUCAGGUGAACUUGGACUGUCAUGUUGAAGCCCGUCUGGUUGGAGGGCCUGAAACCUGUGUAGGACGUGUGGAGAUAAAACAGGGAGACAGCUGGGAAAGCAUCUGUGAUUCCCACUUCGAUCUCAAGGCUGCCAGUGUCCUCUGCAACCAGCUACAGUGCGGAACAGCUGUAUCCACCCCAGGAGGAGCUCGCUUCGGAGAAGGACAAGGGCCCGUUUGGACAGAACUGUUCAAGUGUGGGGAGAACGAGUCUAACCUUGUGUACUGCCCCCAAAUGCCAUAUGUAGAUCAAUCAUGUUCACAUGGAAAUGAUGUUGGUGUCAUAUGCUCAAGAUUCAGGCUGAUGAACAGCAGCACACGGUGCUCAGGGAGAGUGGAGGUCCAGGUAGUCGGUGCCUGGGUCACCCUCUGCGACUCGGGCUGGGAUUUAUCCGAUGCCCACGUUCUCUGUCGUCAGCUCAACUGCGGAGUCACUGUGUCCGCUCCACGAGGAGGACAUUUUGGGAAGGGAUCCGGCACCACCUGGGAAGACACAUUUCACUGUAAUGGGACUGAACCCCACCUGUGGCACUGCCCUGUUACCAGGCUGGGGGCCUCUCAGUGCUCACAGGACAGCGAUGCUGGUGUGAUUUGCUCAGGAAGCAGGCAGAUCAGACUGGUGAAUGGGACAGGUUGCUGCGCUGGCAGAGUGGAGAUUUACUACCAGGGCACCUGGGGGACUGUCUGUGGUGAUUCCUGGGACCAAACAGACUCCGACGUUGUGUGCAAACAGCUGGGAUGUGGACACUCCAUCAAGGCAGAUGCCUCCGCUCAUUAUGGAAAAGGCUCAGGACAGAUCUGGCUGGAUGAUGUGAACUGCUCUGGGAAUGAAUCCAAGCUCUGGGAGUGCCCUUCCAGGGGCUGGGGGCAGCACGACUGCAGACACAAGGAGGAUGCAGGAGUGUUCUGCUCAGAAUUCAUGGAUCUGAGGCUGGUGAACGGCGGUGACUGUGCUGGGCGAUUGGAGAUUUUCUACAAUGGAUCAUGGGGAAGCAUUUGCUCCAAUCAGAUGACUCCAGUCACUGUGACAAUUGUAUGCAAACAGCUGGGCUGUGGAGAUGAAGGAGACAUUGCUGAAGACUUUACAUAUGGACAAGGUUCUGGCCACAGAUGGUUGGAUCAUGUUCAGUGCCUUGAGCUUCACAAUUCCCUUUGGCAGUGUCCGUCGAAGCCAUGGAACCCCCUGUCGUGUGCUAAUCGGGGAGAAGAGACCCACAUUAGGUGUACUGGUAAUGAUGAUAAGCUGCGUGUCGUUGGAGGAAAGAACGGAUGCUCGGGGAGAGUGGAGGUUUGGCACCGCGGCUCCUGGGGAACUGUGUGUGAUGACUCCUGGGACAUGGCGGAUGCUGCUGUUGUGUACAAACAACUGGGCUGUGGAGCUGCUGAAUCUGCUCUGAGUGAGGCAGAAUUUGGGCAGGGGACUGACCCCAUCUGGCUGGACCAGCUGAACUGCAAGGGGACAGAGUCGUCUCUGUGGGACUGUUGCGCCGAGCCCUGGGGUAACAAUGAGUGUCACCAUAAGGAAGAUGCUGCUGUGAUCUGCACCAGUGAGUGA